AUGCCUUCUAGCUCGAGGAAAAAGAAGGCAAAGGCCGCAGAUUUCUCAAAAGCCAAACUCAAGCUUGGGAAGGGGAAGCGGCCUGCUGAUAAUGUUAUUGACACCUCUUUCAAGGCCCGCAGCAUCGUCCUGCCCUCUCAGAGCAUUGCCGUCGAAAAAGACGAAUCUACCCCUCUCACAAGGAGGAAGCUGUCAUUCGAUGAUCUAUUGGCGCACUUUAAACACUACAGUGCAGGCACCCGAAAAGAUGCAAUUUACAGUAUGCGUGAGCUACUCAACACUCACCCUCACAUAAUUACAUCAUCCCUUUCGACUCUAUUGGCCUCUUGUGUGCGCCUGAUCGGUGAUGAGGACGCGCAUGUACGGAAGGCCCUGCUCAGCUUCUUUGCUUGGUUUCUUCCUUUGCUACCGCUAGAAGAUUUGAGGCCGCACAUGCCUAUGCUUCUCCUCUUCACCACAUCCGCUCAGACUCAUAUCUUUCCAGAGAUACGUGUCGAUGCGGUGCGCUUUCUUGACAUCUUCCUCGAGGUUGCACCAGACUGCGUGGUAGAUGGGUGGUGGGGGGACGGACACGGAAAGCGGGUUAUAGAUGGGUACUUGGGACUUUUGAGCGCUGGCACAAAAUACGGAGGUGCUGAAGGUCCGGCACAGGCAACCUCCACGGCUAGCGUGGUUUUAUCACGAGGGAACUACAGAGCUGACACACCCCAGAGCAAACUAGUCGUUCUCAAGUCAUUCGCCAAUUUCUUGCGGGUUGCUAUCGAUUCUCAACAACGCACGGGAACAAGUUCUUCCACGCCGUCUUUCCCGACGUGGUACAUGCGCAGAUCGUUCAACUCUCAACAAGCUCUCGACAAGUUCGGUGAACUAUUUCACUCUCAACCUCCCGCUAGCAUAGUCAUGCGCUGGCGGGAGAGUUUGGACUCGGAUAAUUGCGAAGAAGACUUCAUAUGCACCGCAGAGGAGUUUUCCGGUCCAUCCUCAGGCAUUUGGGGUUUGGAAGACUUAGUAGAUCCCCUCACUGGCUUGAGUGAAGCGCCAUUUAUGGGAACAGAGGAAACCUUUGCAAUUAAUCUAGCACGGUCAUUACAUGGGACACUCCUUGCAACCUUUCUUGACAGUGCACCGACACUCUUUUCGCCAAGUGUAAACCCUCCUGAGGCCGAAGUCCAGAUGGUAGCUUCCAUCUUCAGUAUUAUGCACACACUCUUCUGUGCUCUUUUCCAGGGUCAAGAUUUACAGGAUACCGAUACAUACGAUGGCCUGAGAGUUCUCCUUGGACACAUCACUGGCUAUUUUCCAUUUACCCCCGCCCAUAGGGAAAUAACUAUCGAGCAAGCCUUCCAGGGCCUAAACAUUGCCUAUUGCGAGUUGACAUCGCUCCUUGUUCAAACUCACGCUCGGUUGCACGGCAAUCCUGCCUCACGUCCUCAGUCUCACGUACGUAACGGUGCAGCAGGAGCCCUCGCCACGAGAAAACGAUCUAUGAUGCCCCUUGCCCUUGACAAGAAGCUCUCUGGACAACUUCAACGAGUGGGAAGUUACGUCACUAAACUUCUGCGGGGUCACAGCUCCUUCGGUGCAAAUCUCCCUCGUCCCGUCUCCAGUGCUGUAUACUUGUCACUUCUUCCGACAAUCUGGACGUUGUUAGAUCAACCAGUCGAGGGCCAGGAUGUUUCAGCACUAGUCCUAGAUGCUGCGCUUGACCAUGCGCUUCUUACGAGCUCGACUUUUGCUGUAAAGAAGCUGACAGUUGAGCUGGUGGGGAGAGUUGCCAUGCUUGACAGCGAAGUUGACUACCAAGGGCACUUUUCCUUGCGCUCUUCAUCGCCAGAUUCGUGGGACAAAGUUCAGGAAUGGGUAAUGAAUCUUCCUCGAGUACUCUGGGAGUUGGGUUCAAACGACUCGAGCUCGUCAGAGGUAAUCAUGCGUGUGCUUUUGUGUCUUUUAAAACGUGGAACGUGCCCUUCCGGCAUCCUUGAGCCGCAGACUCUUGUCUCUCUGUGCACCCGCCUCGUGCCCUUCUUCACCAUUAACCAUCCCACAAGGGGGCAAAUCCCCGGUCCAUUUGCUAGCCUUCCUGCUCUUCCUCCUUCGUCGAGUCAUCUGACGGAUGCUCGGAGACUCGCCUUGGACCUUGCUGCCACGGCGAUCUGCGCUCAAAGUGUCCCUUCGCCGGAGCGGUGUACAGAUACGCUUGGUUGGGCAGUGGAGGAAGCUGUCCGCGGCACAAAAGAACAGGACUAUUGGGAGCACGUGGUAGACGCGAUGCCGAUGAGUAGAUACUAUCAGAAUGAGGUCAAAAGCCCACUAUAGCGGCAAGUCAGCCGCUGCCCAGGGUAUGCUCGUGCUUUGAUUUUGUAGCAGCUGACGAAUCCCUGGAUCUACGAGUAAUCCAGAGCUGGUAUAGGCUAGACAGAGGUCAGCCUUUCACCCGUAUACUUACAGGAACCAUCAGGCCAAAGGCUUUUAGUGAAUAAUGGUCCUCUCCAAGUUGAUGGCGAGACACAUUUCAUUGUAUUCCGGGAGUAGGUGUAUGUACCAAUAAGUGUAUGUACCAACCCAACCAGCGUAACAACGCUUGGCAAAUGCCUCCGCUAGGGACGGGCAGCACCCCCCUCGCUGUCCCACUGAGACAGAACGCCUACAAGGCGCGGGAGUGUGGGUGACUUGGACGGAUCAACCGACAUGAAAACACAAAUAUGAAGCAUAAAGAGGAGGGCCAGGAAUAAGCGAGAAUAAGGAUAUCAUCAAAGCCAUCGGCGAAUGCGAGGCUUGCACCCUGACCAGUCUAUCGGGUGAGGGGUAAACACAGCUCAAAGGGAGCUGAGGUCGAGACCAAUCCAGUCCCAUGUCAUGCCGGAGAUGCGACCAACGGACUGGUCUGCUAGUUGGCUGAAAGCAGACGGGGAGAAGUCGAGGUCAGUGAGGGCGCAACCCGUGCAGCGAUCAGUGAUCGUGACAGUGACAGCUUUGCCUUGGUAGUUAGCGGUGACCUGCUUGUUGCAGACGGGGUUGUCAUUGGGGUUUGCACCAUUGUAGCCGGGGAAGACAUCGAAUAGAAGGUGAGAAACGGCAGCGAUGUAGUCGGUAUCGGUGUUGGUAAUCCCGCAAGCGCCGAGACCAGUCGCGUAGUAUGUACCUUGGCCAGUCUGAGUGCCAGUGAGGAAUGAAGGCAGACCGCUUGUGCUGCCAGAAGAGGACGACGUCGAAGAAGGAGCAGCAGCAGACGAGGACGAAGAGGACGGCGCAGGAGCAGGGGCAGCCGAAGAGGAGCUGGUAGGCGCAGGGGCAGCUGGGGAAGAACUGGUAGGGGCUGGGGCAACAGAAGAGGACGCGGAGGAGGGGAGCACGGGGGAUGGCGCGACGUUCUGCGGCACACUCGAGCUUGCAGACGCGACGGACGAGCUGCUGCUGGAAGGAACGGGUGCAGUGCUGGAUGCGCUUGACGCAGACGAAGAGCCUGAUUUGGGCUUGCAGCGCUUGCUGAGGGAGCGCUUCUUCUUGUGCUCCACGGUGGUAGCAUUCAUCAAUGGCUCAACAGCAGCGAGUGGCUGGUGCUGUGCAACGGCUCUGUGAGCGAAUGCGUUGUGGCCCGCAUGGGGUGUUGCGAGGGCAUUGACGGAGAGAGCGAUUGCAAAGAGAGCGAACAACCUGGAAAUGGGCGACAUCACGAGGACUGACAAAUGAAGGGAUGCAGAUACAAAAGCGAAUGUGCUAGGGAGCGACGGGGCGAACGAAGGGUUACUUUAUGCACCCGGUAGAGAGAGUCGGAGAUGAGGAAUGUGAGUGAAACCUGAGGGAAAUAGCAAGCUU